AUGGCUGGAAAGCAGAAUACCGACGAUAGCUCAGUGCGUCCUCGUGUGGACGCAUCCAGCAUUCGUCUUGCAUCUCUUCGGACAUCCACCGAUGCAUCAUCAUCCACUACUGCCCCUACACGUCGACCUAAGUUCGUUCCAAAGGCUGUUAAGCGUCGUACAGCUGUAGAAACUUGUGAAAAUGGCGUUAGCUCUGAACCACAGCGCACACAGGAUACAAAGCUACCUUUGACCGGUGCUGGAGCGCUCAAACGCGAUAACAGAGGACGCGUUGCGUUUGUUGGCACACUUUCAGGUGGAUCUUCGUAUAAUGGGGGUACCACCAGUACUCCUGCUCCACGUUCUGCCGAUUACUCAGCUGCUGGUGGCACAGGAAUUAGUGUACUGGACGAUGAGGAAAUGCCUGGAGGCAAAAUGCCGAAGAUGGAAGUCGAGGAAGUAUGGCCACCAGUGAUUAAGUCGAUAAUGGAGCCAAUGAGUUUGCCGAUUGCGCGGCCGCCUGAGCCAGAGAGCGCCGGUGCUGUUUUCUGUGACGCCACCGGCGACAUUGUGGCCUCGGACGACUCGCUUUUCUUUGUUCAACUGCCAACGACAUUGCCGCUUCCAAAUGCUGUCACAAAAUUUACUCAUACGGAAGAUGGAGUGAUGGAGAGUGCGGACGACUUGAAGGACCAAGAAGCUCAGCGGUCCAAAGAGAGUAAAACGACAGAUGAGUCCCCUGAUGACGGAGUGUUUGACCAUUCGAUUGAGGCAGCGCCGAGCGGGUUCAUCGGCAAGAUUUGCGUCCACAAGUCAGGCAAGAUGGUGCUACUGCUUGGUGGUAAGCAAUUUGAGGUGGCAGCGGCCCCAACGCCAUCCUUUUGUGAGGAGGUUUACGCCGUUAACACAACCGAAAAGCAGUUGAGCAUUCUGGGUAAUAUUGAGCGCCAUCUUGUGGUGACUCCGGACUUUGAUGUGUUGCUGCAUUAG